UAAAGGUCGAGAGAGUUUUGGUGCGCCCACUUGCUCACUGGUCUCGUAGCACGUAGUUGAUAGUACUAGUAGUUUUUGGCUGGCGUCUAACUUUAGUAAACGGAUUAAGUUCUAUAAUAAUGGCGUCCAAGGUUGUAAGACGAAUCAUCCAAACUGCUAAUGCACCACAAGCUAUCGGACCUUACAGCCAGGCCGUGCAAGUCAAUCGCACGCUAUACAUAUCUGGAUGCCUCGGCAUGGAGGCCGCCACGGGAAAUAUGGUCUCUGGAGGAGUUGUCCCAGAAGCUGACCAGGCACUCAUCAACAUGGGCGAGAUCCUGAAAGCUGCUGGCUGUUCUUUCAAUAAUGUUAUCAAGACAACGGUGCUCUUUGCUGAUAUCAACGAUUUUGCUAAGGUCAAUGAAGUCUACAAAAAGUAUUUCACUCAGCACUGUCCAGCCAGGGUUGCAUAUCAGGUGGCAAAUUUACCGAAGGCCGGACGAGUCGAAAUCGAAGCGGUCGCGGAGAUUGGGGACAUCGAGGACGUCUGAAUCCCGGCCGAAUCGUCAGCGGCAUGAUGACGCCGCGCCGUGACCACCGAUGACACGGCGUGGUGUCAUGGCCGACGGAAACAUCAGUCGCUUGCUGUUAUUGUCGUGCUGGUCUAGACGGGGGAAACUGUUACGAACGUUAGACGAAAACGUGACGAGAACUUGCCUGUGGUUUAAGCUGCGAUAAAAUCGGGUGCCGGUGACAGUGGGUACAGUCAGACAAGUUUAUUACUUCUAAAUACAAACAUAAUUAUACAAUGUGAAAUUUUAAUGCAGUACAGUUGGUGCUCGUGCUGUGGUAUGAAUUGAUUAUUCAAAAUCCAAAUAUGUACAUGUGUUUAUGGGACAAUUGACUUUUUGCUGUUAAUGGGAGACCACGUUUUACUCUGAAAUUGCUCAAUUAAAAGGAUGUUUGAAAGUCGAAUAUUGGUGCUUCACACAGUAACUAAUUGUAUGCACAGUGUCAGUGUGGAACCACGUAUGCCGAGGAAACGAUGUAUAUCAUACGGUGCGAAAAUACUCUGAUCAUGUUAAGUCAAACUUUUAGUUGUUGCUUAUUAUCAUAACUGAAUGAUAUUAGAGGGCAAACAAAUGUUAUCGUUGUAUUUUUGCAUCGGAAAUACUCGACUAAAUAUUAAAAUCUCGUGUUGAACUGAGCA